AAAGUAGGUUAAUUUCCCUCUGAUCUCCCGAACUCACUCGAGCGCUCUCUUCCAGAAACCUCUCCCGCUUCGCUCACUCUCUGUGAAACCCUCUAUUUCUGGGAUUAGGGUUAGGGUUUUUGAAUAUCAGCUGUGUUGUUGCAAUGUCGUCCACCGCGGUGUCUUCUCCAAUGGCCUCUUCCAAGACCGAGUCGUACGUGGAUAACAAGCGCAAGGAGGACAUCCGCCACGCCAACAUCGUGGCGGCGCGGUCUGUGGCCAAUGCUGUCCGCACCAGCCUCGGCCCCAGGGGCAUGGACAAGAUGAUCUCUACGGCCUCCGGCGAGGUCAUCAUCACCAACGACGGCGCCACCAUCCUAAACAAGAUGGAGGUACUCCAGCCCGCCGCCAAGAUGCUCGUCGAGCUAUCCAAGGCCCAAGACGCCUCUGCAGGAGAUGGCACAACUACCGUUGUCGUAAUCGCUGGCGCCCUUCUUGGACACUGCCUCUCCCUCCUCUCCAACGGAAUCCACCCCACCGUCAUCUCAGACUCCCUCCACAAGGCCGCCACCAAGGCCGUCGAAGUCCUCACCGCCAUGGCAGUCCCCGUAGAGCUUUCCGACCGCGAAUCUCUUGUCAAAUCGGCCAGUACAUCGCUGAACAGCAAAGUCGUUAGCCAGUACUCAACUCUCCUCGCUCCUUUGGCUGUUGACGCCGUACUCUCUGUCGUCGACCCGGCGAAGCCCAAUCAGGUUGACCUGAGGGACAUCAAGAUCGUCAAGAAGCUCGGUGGCACUGUCGACGACACCGAGCUUGUCAAAGGCCUUGUAUUUGACAAGAAAGUGAGUCAUGCCUCUGGAGGUCUCACUCGUAUGGAGAACGCUAAGAUCGCGGUCAUUCAGUUCCAGAUUUCGCCGCCAAAGACUGAUAUCGAGCAGAGUAUCGUGGUAUCAGAUUAUGCACAAAUGGACAGAAUACUGAAGGAGGAGAGGCAGUACAUUCUGGGAAUGAUUAAAAAGAUUAAGUCGACCGGGUGUAACGUCUUAUUGAUUCAGAAGAGCAUUUUGCGCGAUGCCGUGACUGAUUUGUCGCUUCAUUAUCUCGCCAAGGCAAAGAUUUUGGUGGUCAAGGAUGUGGAGCGCGAAGAUAUUGAGUUUAUCACCAACACACUGAAUUGUUUGCCCAUUGCGAACAUUGAGCAUUUUCGGGCAGAGAAGUUCGGGUUUGCAGAUCUUGUUGAGGAGCUUCCGGUUGGGGAUGGGAAGAUUGUUAAGAUUACCGGGAUCAAGGAUAUGGGACGGACCGCGACGGUGUUGGUCCGUGGGUCAAAUCAGUUGGUUCUUGAUGAGGCGGAAAGGAGCUUGCACGAUGCUCUGUGUGUAGUCAGGUGCUUGGUGAGUAAGCGGUUUUUGAUUGCUGGUGGUGGGGCGCCAGAGAUUGAGCUGUCCAGGCAGUUGGGUGCUUGGGCGAAGGUGCUUCAUGGGAUGGAGGGCUAUUGUGUACGAUCCUUUGCGGAGGCGCUUGAGGUUAUUCCGUAUACAUUGGCUGAGAAUGCAGGGUUGAAUCCAAUUGCCAUUGUGACGGAGCUGAGGAACCGGCAUGCGCAGGGUGAGAUCAAUGCAGGGAUUAAUGUGAGGAAGGGGCAGAUUACUAAUAUCUUGGAGGAGAAUGUGGUGCAGCCGCUGCUUGUGAGCACAAGUGCGAUCACCCUGGCGACAGAGUGCGUGAGGAUGAUCUUGAAGAUCGAUGACAUUGUCACAGUGAGGUAGUUUUGCUUGGAAUUUGAACAGCAUCAGAGGACAAAUGUUGGCCUUGUUAUCUUUUUAUCUUUGCUUGCUGUUUUAGUUUGUGUUAUGUCUUCUAUUACGAUCACUAUGUUGAAGAGCUUUGACAUGCUUUCGUUGCCACCA